UGCACUGGUAUGUGACGUCAGCGGCUCGUUGGAUUGAGGUCCUGUGUCCUGCUGAUUUUAAUCCUGGCUGAUUAGGUAACAGAGAGCAAGCGCCUGUGCAAACCCUCUGGGGGAAGAGAGAGAGGAAGUCAAGCAUUUAGACAGAAGGAGGUUGUUAAAGCAGGGAAAUUUUGCGCCUGGAGAGAAGAGAAAGGGGAACACUUCCCCCUCUACCCUCCCCCUCGUUCAUCCUAGCUUUCCACUCCAGACCUCUGCGUGUGUGUGUGUGUGUCUAUGGACAACGGAUCGACGAUGCCCACGAACGGAAUUAACAAAGCCUUGAAGCUGCAGUUUGGCCUCAUCAACCACGAGAGCCGUUACCUAACGGCCGAGGCCUUCGGCUUCAAGGUGAACGCCUCGGCCUCCAGCAUGAAGAAGAAGCAGAUCUGGACUCUGGAGCAAGAGGACCAGGACACCCAGGUAGUGUUCCUUCGCAGCCAUCUGGGCCGCUACCUGGCCUCCGACAAGGAUGGUAAGGUGAGCUGCGGGGCAGAGCAGCCCGACUCGCCUGGCUGCCGCUUCCUGAUCGUGGCCCAGUCGGACGGCCGCUGGGCGCUGCAGUCGGAGACAUACCUGCGCUUCUUCGGAGGCUCGGCUGACUACCUGUCCUGCUUCGCCCAGGCCAUCGGGGAGCCCGAGCUGUGGGCCGUCCACCUGGCCCUCCAUCCGCAAUCUAGCCUGCUCAGUGUUGCGCGCAAACGCUACGCCCACCUGUUUGCCAGGGAAGGAGAGAUCUCGGUGGACAGCAACAUCCCCUGGGGCUCGGACUCCCUGGUCACCCUGGUAUACCUGGAAGGAAAGUACUUCCUGAAGACGUGUGACAGCCGCUUCCUCAGCAACGACGGGAAGCUGGUCAAAGAGAACACCCCCACCACCAGCUUCACCCUGGAGCUCAAGUCAGGCAAGCUGGCCUUCAAGGACUGCGAUGGGAAGUACCUGACACCCAUGGGCCCGACCGGCACGCUGCGCUCAGGCAGGUGCUCCAAGCCUGGCAAGGAUGAGCUGUUUGAUCUAGAGGAGAGCCACCCACAAGUCAUUUUCCAGGCAGCCAACAAAAGAUUUGUCUCCGUCAAACAAGGUGUGAGCAUCUCAGCCAACCAGGAUGUGGAGACAGACAUGGAGACCUUCCAGAUGGAGAUUGAUAAGGAGAGCAAGAAGUGCAUGUUUAGGACCAACGGCGGUAACUACUGGACACUGGUCUCCCACGGAGGGAUCCAGUCCACAGCCACGGAGGUGGAGGCCAACACAAUGUUUGACAUUGAAUGGCUCGGUCGCAGUGUAGCACUGAAGGCAAGCAAUGGGAAGUACGUGUGCACCAAAAAGAAUGGGCAGCUUUCAGCCGUCAGCGAUUCCGUAGGUGAUGAUGAGCUCUUCCUGAUGAAGCUCAUUAAUCGGCCCAUGUUGAUCCUGCGAGGGGAGAACGGUUUUGUGUGUCAUCACAAGAGCUCCAACACGCUGGAUGCCAACCGAUCCGUCUAUGACAUCUUCUUACUGCUUUUCAGCGAUGGCGCCUACCACAUAAAAAGCGUAGGUGGAAAGUUCUGGUAUGUCUCCCGCAGCGGCCUGGUGUGCUCAGACGGAGACAAGCCUGAGGACUUCUUCCUGGAGUUCCUGGAGCACGGGCGGGUGGGCAUCAAGGGCAAGAACGGCAAGUACCUGCGUGGGGACAGCGGCACGCUGAAGGGCGACGCUGCUACCGUGGACCCCUCCUGUCUCUGGGAGUACUAACCUGGCGCGACCUCCUAACGACCCCUGAAGCCCGUGGAGGGGUGGAGGGAGAAGGAGAGAGGGAGGACCUGGUUCCCACCUGGGUUCACAGCUCAACCAACAACGAUACAUUACACAGACUGACUGGGGAACAUUUUCACUACUCUCUUUUCUACUUUAGCGGCAAAGGAGAGGCCGUUCCCACUUCUUUGUUUUGUUUUGGCAAAGAGUGAAAAUGUGUAGAAAGUUUCUUUGUGUUUAUUUUAUUAUAUUUGAUUUGUUUUCCAAAAAAAACAUUGGUUACCUAAAUAUAGUUUUUUUCCAAGUGACAUUGCCAACAUCAACAACAGCGAAUACUUAAUAAAAUCUGCUAAUUUUGGUCACUCACACAGCCUAUAAAAAAACAUCAGAUUCUGUAUAGCGGUCCUUAAAUUAUUAUCUGGAUGCCUGAAUAAAGGCAGCUUUUCACAUCAAUAUGUCUUUGUUGUGAUGUUUACUGUUGUCUUUAACAACAGUGUAUCAGUACAAUGAUUAUCCAACACUGCUCCCAAACAUACUCACUGCUUCCAAAGAGGACACGAAUCAGCUUCCAAAAUGCCCAAAUUAAUGGUGUAGAAUACCAGACCAGAGUAGCCCAAAUGGCCCUGUUUGAGUUGCCCAAAUGGCCCUGUUUGAGUAGCCAGAGUAGCCCAAAUGGCCCUGUUUGAGUAGCCCAAAUGGCCCUGUUUGAGUAGCCAAGAGUAGCCCAAAUGGCCCUGUUUGAGUAGCCCAAAUGGCCCUGUUUGAGUAGCCCAAAUGGCCCUGUUUGAGUAGCCCAAAUGGCCCUGUUUGAGUAGCCCAGAGUAGCCCAAAUGGCCCUGUUUGAGUAGCCCAGAGUAGCCCAAAUGGCCCUGUUUGAGUAGCCCAGAGUAGCCCAAAUGGCCCUGUUUGAGUAGCCCAGAGUAGCCCAAAUGGCCCUGUUUGAGUAGCCCAGAGUAACCCAAAUGGCCCUGUUUGAGUAGCCCAGAG